GGCAGUGGAAGGAGAUGAAAUGAUGUAAGAGUAAUGUGCGUUCCCCAGCUGGACUUUUACUUUGUAGCACAUUUCAAAUGUAUAAUAACUUCUGAUAGUGUUGAUAAAAUGAAGCUGUUUAAACUGAUAGUUCACCAGAAAGACUUUAGUGGUGAAGAUUUAAUUAUAAAUCCUAAGGAUUUUCCUGGUAUUAAGAAAGGAAAUAUAGUUGAAAUAUAUCAUCCAGAAGAUGAGUUUAGCAGACUUUUAUUGCAAGUAACUGUACUGAAAGAAGACUUAAAAGGAAAAGAUGCUGCAAUUAGUGUGGAGCAGAGUAUUGCAUCAGCUUUCCAGCUUCGAACAUAUGCUGAUGUUUGCAUGAAUAUUGUGAACCCUGAAGAUGUUGCUCUGGAUUCUGUUGAACUCACAUUUAAGGAUCAGUAUAUGGGUCGAAGUGAAAUGUGGCGGUUGAAGAACAGUUUGGUAAACACCUGUGUUUAUUUGAAUAAGAAAAUUGAAUUUUGUGGAGGAAGUAUCCGAUGCCAAGUAUACGAAAUGUGGUCCAUGGGAGACAGAGUUGCUUGUGGUGUAAUCACGGAUGACACAAAAGUGGUGUUUCGAUCAUCCACCAGCAUGGUAUACCUCUUCAUUCAGAUGAGUUCAGAAAUGUGGGAUUUUGAUAUUCAUGGAGACCUGUAUUUUGAAAAAGCUGUUAAUGGGUUUCUAGCUGAUUUAUUUCAGAAAUGGAAGAAAAAUGGAAGCAACCAUGAAGUGACUAUUGUGUUAUUCUCACGUACAUUUUAUAAAGCAAAUAAUUUAGAAGAGUUUCCUGGCCCUAUGCGGGAGUGUCUACAACGGGACUACAAAGGGCGUUUUUAUGAAGAUUUCUAUAGAGUUGCAGUUCAGAAUGAGAGGUAUGACGACUGGACAAACACAUUGGUACAGUUACGCCGACUUUUCACUGAUUAUCAGAAGAUAGUGCUUGAAUAUCACAAAAGACCUGGGGUUCAGAUUCCAAAAGCUGUCAACUCUACAGCGGCACAAGGAAAUUUUCUUGAAGUCUUGAACAUGUCUCUCAAUGUUUUUGAAAAACACUACUUAGAUCGCAGUUUUGAUCGAACUGGACAGUUGUCAGUAGUAAUAACACCAGGAGUUGGAGUAUUUGAAGUGGACCGGGAGUUAACUAAUGUCACAGAGCAGCGCAUCAUUGAUAACGGUGUUGGAAGUGACCUUGUGUGUGUUGGAGAGCAGCCACUUCAUGCUGUCCCACUUCUGAAAUUCCAUAAUAAAGAUACCUCCUUCAGUGCAGCAGAUGACUAUAGUAUGCCUCAUUGGAUCAAUUUAAGCUUCUAUUCGACAAACAAAAAAGUGGCAUAUUCUACCUUUAUUCCAAGAAUCAAACUGCCACCAAAGAGAACAAAACCAUCACCUGCAUCUAAUGGUUGCCCUUUGCAAGCAUCAAAAUCAAAAUUGAUCCAAGAAGAUGAGUGUAUGCCUAAUUCACUCUUUGAUUAUGAUGCUUAUGAUGCUCAAGUGUUCCAGUUGCCUCCCAUCCAUACAACGAGGUUAUCCCGUAGCUUGCAGCGUGUGAAUAGUAGCCGACACAAGAAAACUAGUGUUUCAGUGUUGGAUUCACAGAGUGGGAGUGGACAAAAAUUUCUCAAGAGGAAAAUGUCUGAUCCAGACAUUCACCAUUCCCUAAGUGAUGGCUCGACUGCUGGCACCUCUGCACCUCGCUCAGCAGCCAUUUCUAUUCCUCAGCAUCAUUCCAGUAACAUCUCACCACAUCAGUCUGUUUCAGUUGGAUCUGUAAAGCAUAGGGCAUUUGGUGUCCAAACUGAAGCUCCAGAAGCAGAAAUGUCCCCUCCGUAUCGCCCAGUUGUUGGAAGUGCUGGAUCUCCAAAUAACCCGUUGCAGUCCCAGACCGAUAUUCUGCGGCCUGGGCGGGCUCUUAUCAACCCUUUCGAUCCAUCUCAUGUCACCAUUAAGCUCACAUCCAACAGGCGACGUUGGACUCAUAUCUUUCCCAAAGGACCUACUGGGGUGCUUAUCCAACAGCAUCACUACCAGGCUAUUCCAGCUGUUUCAAACCCAGACCAACAUGUAUAUGAGGCUGGAUCUACAUAUAGUACAUCUCCAGGCAAUGAAAACUCUACCCCAGUUGGUUCACUACCAAGAUCAGGCUCUCAGAUUACAUUUCAUGACAAUUCCAAGAAUCGAUCCUCAGGGCGUCCAGGUGUUGUUCCAUCAAUAUCUGGUGAUAAUAUUAUUCAAACUAAUAAGAGUUUGACUUUACUCUGGGGAGCUACUGGUGAGCAAGAAUGGACUCCUGCUCUCACUACAGUCAGCAAAGUUAUCAUAGGUUUGGAAAUGUAUUUCAAAAUCUGCUGUAGUAGGAGGUGUGGACUGUGGAAGUCCCUUACCAUUCCAGCGUGUCUACCUAUCACCACGGAUUACUUUCCCGACAAGCGCAGCCUUCAGAAUGACUAUGUUGUGUCUGACUACAAUCUUCUGCCUGAUGAUGUGAAUGCAGAUUUUGCUCAGCAGAGGGCAAUCUACAAAAAGCCUUUAACCACUGCAGAAGUGUUUAAAGAAUUGGUUUCACAGAGACUUGCUCAGGGGUUCCAGUUGAUUGUGUUGUCUGAGCACAAUCCGAAGAAACAGGCACAGACACCAGGCAGUAAUUCCACCUCUGCCACAGCUGGUAUUAUAAGCUCACCUGUGAUGUCUCGUCCUUGUGAUAUUGAACCAACUGAAGAAUAUUUUCUCAGCAUUGGGCGAGUGUUCCACAAGAUAUCCCUCAGUGGAUCAUCUAUUACUGUUAGAAGAUACAGACCCAGACAUCCAUACCCUCCUUUUAAUAUACAUUAUCGUUACCGGUUUCAUGCCCCUCAUCAUGACAACUAUGAAAUAUCAUGGGUAUCUUUCACAACAGAGAAAUUAGAAAAUUUUAAUUGGAACUAUCUGGAUCACUACAUUUGUACAAGAGGAGAUACAGAUUUUGCCCUUGCAGAGGCCCAAAAGUACUGGCGCUUUCGUGUUUAUCUUCUUCCACUGAAUCAUCAGGCUACAAAGAAGAUAUUAGAAGGUUCUGACCACUGUGAUAUUUACACACUUCCUUCCCUUGAGGAUCAGGGUCAUAUGGUGGAAAACUUCUUACGAUUUCUUGAGUCUUGGGUGAAUAGAAUUCGCCGUCCAAAUACCUGCAAGAAACCAAGGAGCCCUGGCUUUUCAACAGGAAGCAAGGGCCGACAAAAGUUGAUACAUCGUCGCCAUAGCUCCAGUUUGACUUUCCUCUCCCACAGUAACAGCUCAUCAACAAGUAACCCAUCGAAUAAUUCACAGACAAGUGUUGUUGGCAAUUCUCCAUUCAGAGAAAGAUUGGGCAGCAACCGUGUUGUCGACAAGCCACGUCCGAGGUCACGUUCUAAAGUCAUGGAGCGAGUGAAGGCAGAAGUAAGUAGCAGUGGUCGCAUCUCUCCUGCCAGCGAGGCAGCUUUGGGAGACAAGAUUUCAGGUCAACAGCCAGUGUCUCCUGAACAGCAACAACAACAACAGCAGCAGCAGCAAACAACUGACUCCCCACAUCAUCAGGACCCCACAGAUGAUAGUCAGAGUCAUUUUGACAUCCAUCGACUGAAGAGCACAGCAACAAUAUUAGAAAUUAUUGAAGCUAUGCGAAACACAGCGUCAGGUGUUGGUUUUCUAACUCAUCAUCCCAGCUUGCCAAGCUAUACAUUUGUGAGUGCAGAUGCUGUGCAGUGGUUGAUAUGUCAUGUGGAAGGAGUACUGCAUGAAGAGAGGGCUGUUAAUAUUAUGGAGCAAAUGCUGAAGGAACACAUGAUAUGCCAUGCAUCAGGUGAUUUCUCCCAUCCAUUUAUUGUGGGCUUCCACUUAUACCACAUAGUUCAGCAAGAGAAAGAUCAGAAAGAUGGAGAGUACUUGCAGCCCUUGGGUGAUCUACAGAGUUUUGAAAAUGAAUGGCUAGAGGUUGAAGUGAAGCAUCCGACAGGCUGGAGACAGAGUGUACCACCAUCACCUUCAUCUGAAACCCUGUCUUCAUCAAAUGUUUCUCCUAAGUUCCUGUGCUCUGUUCUAGAAGAAAUAUGCCAGGAAGCUGGUGAAAAUGACAAGGAGUGGACAGUUCCGCUGUACAAACACACACAUCUAGAAAUUGAUAUCAGUACUAAGAGUGACCGAAUAGAAUGGGGACAUGCACGCUAUCAGUCAGUGUACAGACCUGAUAGAGCUUUUGAGCUGGUUGUGCAGUGGGUAACUUCAUCAGGAACGAUUGUAGCUGAACUGAUUGUGGGUUGGUCAAGAAAGGCCCAGACAUGUGGCCUUCAGAUGAUACCCAUUCCGUCUGACCCACUGGCAUUACCCUACACCCACAAAUCAGACCCUUUAAGAGGUCCAAUAUUUAUAUCUCUUGAUACAGAAUGCCUGAUGGGUAAAAAGAGCUAUUUGUUUGAAGAAUUUCCUGAAGAGACAUGGGACCAGCGUUUGUUCUUAUUCCAAGAGACAAUUGUUGAAAGGUUUGGGUUUGUUCGGUGUACUGUGGAUAGCUCUAGUGCGAGCUCCCCCGCAUCUGGCAGUAACAACGACAGAAACCUGGCCCAUCAGCACCAAUAUGUGCACCUCACUGGCAACAUGUUUAUCCUCAUCCCAUCACAGCCAUGCCAGCGGCCUCACCACCGUAGUAAUUCUCUGUCACAUAUUGGACGAUCUGGUUUUGGAAGCAGACAGUUAGGAAUCCAGAAUUCUCGGAGGUACCCUGUUCAUUCAGACAGCAUGUCCAGUCCCCAUGAGGAAUACAUCACAAGACAUGUUAGUGGCAAGAACAAAGAUGACUAUGGUACAGACAUGAGGGUGGGAUUCCGUUGGUCAUGGAACCACAUGGUGAGUCGACGUUGGAAGUCUUCAUCAACUCCUGCCACUGGUGAUGAGAUGUUUCAAACUAAAAUCCUGAAAGAUUUUCGUGAGUUCUGUGCUAACAGUGAGAACCGUCUUAAAUUGUUUUGGGAUUCUUGUUGGACCUUGAAAGAACAGACUUCAUGCAGUUAGUUGUUAUAAAUAACAGAUGAAUCCAAAAAAAUUUGUGUUACUGCAGUGUGUCCUGCCAUGUUACUACACUCAGGUUACAAACAACGUAUCCAGUGACUUUAUGCUGGUAUAAAAAUUUAUUUGUUUGGGAAGUGAAAUCAAUUUAGAAGUGAAAAUCAACAGAUCAGUAUAAAAAUAAAAGUACUUCUUAAUUAUACAAAAUUUUAUAAAAGAAAUAACAUUUAAUGUCAUAAUGUGGACAGUUUCAAGGAAAAACAAAAGUAAGACCCCAUGCAAUGGAUAUGAAAUUUCUGAGAAGUGUUGAGGGUAAACAGAGGAUGGGAUGGAAUCUAUCUUUAGAGAAGAAAUUGCAAUCCAUAGUUUGUUAUGACUACAGUGGUUUAGCCAUGUGAAAAGAAUGGAUAGAACAAGGAUACUGAGAAGGGUAUUAGAUUUAAAAUUUAAAGGAAAAAGAUUUAUGGGAUGACCAAGAACAAUAUGGUUCAGCCAGGUGUUAGAAGACAUGAAGAAGAGAGAAAAGACUGGGACGAUAGAAGAGGUAGAUUGGAGAAUUUUUGUCCAUGAACAUGUUUAACAUUAAAAUAACAUUAGUAGAAGAUAAAUGCCUUCAUGUCUUGCAGCAAUAUCACUUUUUGAUCACCCAUCAUCUUUUAUGUAUGAAAUAGUUCUACUACAUGAAAUAGCAUGAACAGAAUUCUUCCACCAAAUAUAAAGAUUUUUGUAGAGACUUUUUUGUAAAAUGUAGGUAAUUAAUGUCUUGCGUAUAUACACACUCAUCAUUUUAGAGUGUGUUUGUUCAGUGAAAUUUAAUUUACUGUUAACUUGAAGCCAAUAAUGAAAUUAAAUAAAUUCAGUUGUUAAUGAGGAAGAACGUCAAAUAUGGGUACCGCUGUAGACAGUAACUUGCUGUGUGAGGGGUGGAAUGGAUGGUGGACUGGAACAACAAUAUAUAAAUGGCUCUCCAUGUUUUCAUUUCAGCAAAAGUUCUUGACAAAGUAAAGUUUAUUGUGAAAAUUUCAUAUUUGUACUGAAAAGGGAUAAACUGAUGAAAUUUAUUGAUGCAUAUGUUUGUUGAACACUCAAAAUAAGGUGUUUAUGUGUUUAUAUAUGCAGGGAUGAAAUAUUUGUUUUAUGUCUGAAUUUUGACUGAUGAUUGUUGGUUAAAAUAGAACCAGUUCUCAUUGUAAUGGAUUGUUCUGCCUUUAUGUGCUCUGUACCAUUUCCCUACUGAUGUGCAUUUUAAAUCUUGGUACCCAUGUACUGAACUUCAUCAUCUAGUCACUGAUGUCUCAAUUUCUGUAAUAGGUGAUUUAAAAAAUAUACCAAAGAAUGUAUA